AUGCGAAUCACAGAGCGCUUCCUGGAGGAGGUGGCCUUUGAUAAGACGGUGUUAGACAAGGAGUUAACAAGGGGAAAUAUUAUCCUCGUGAGCUCCUCGCUCAGUGACCGGGACCAGAGCCUCUUCAUCAGCACCGAUGAGGGAGCCACCUUCCAGAGGCAACCCAUCUCCUUCCCCGUGGAGACUCUGACCUUCCACCCCAAGCACGAGGAUAAGGUCCUCGCCUACACCAAGGAGAACAAGCUGUACGUGUCGUCUGACCUGGGCAGGAAGUGGGCGCUGCUGCGCGAGCGCGUGACCAAGGACCACGUGUUCUGGGCUGUGGCAGGAGUGGACAGCGACACGGACCUGAUCCACAUGGAAGCCCGGGAUCCCGGUGGAGGUUUCCGCUACAUCACCUGCCAGAUCCACAACUGCUCCGAGAAGAUGCUGGCAGCGCCGUCCGCGGGCUCCAUCGAUCAGGGCUCCCUGACGGUGCAGGACGACUAUGUCUUCUUCAAGGCAACCUCGACAAACCGGACCAAAUACUAUGUCUCCUAUCGUCGCCAUGAAUUUUUCCUGAUGAAACUGCCGAAGUACGCAUUGCCCAAGGUCAGAGGCGUGAAAGGUGUCUUCCUGGCAAAUCAAAAACUGGAUGGAAAGGUGACAACGCUGAUCACCUACAACAAGGGCCGCGACUGGGCUUACCUGCGGCCGCCCAGCACGGACAUGAACGGGAGACCCACCAACUGCCAGCCGCCCGACUGCCACCUGCACCUGCACCUGCGCUGGGCAGACAACCCCUAUGUGUCAGGCACCGUGCACACCAAGGACACCUCCCCAGGCCUCAUCAUGGGUGCAGGUAGGUGCCGCCCCCAAGCUGGCCCUGCCCCAGAGCGUGUCUGUUUGUCCAUCCACCUGCAGGUGUUUGAGGAAGAGCAUCACAUCUUGUACCUGGACCACGGUGGCGUCAUCGUGGCGGUAAAGGACACCUCCAUCCCGCUGAAGGUCCUCAAGUUCAGUGUGGACGAGGGUCUCACGUGGAGCACCCACAACUUCACCAGCACCUCGGUGUUCGUGGACGGGCUGCUGAGUGAGCCAGGCGACGAGACGCUGGUUAUGACGGUCUUCGGUCACAUCAGCUUCCGGUCCGACUGGGAGCUGGUCAAGGUGGACUUCCGGCCGUCCUUCCUCAGGCCGUGCGGCCAGGACGACUACGGCUCCUGGGAGCUCACCGACCUGCAGGGCGACCGCUGCAUCAUGGGCCAACAGAGAAGUUUCCGGAAGAGGAAGCCCACAUCCUGGUGCAUCAAGGGGAGGAGUUUCACAUCGGCACUCACGUCCCGUGUGUGCGAGUGCAGGGACUCAGACUUCCUCUGUGACUACGGCUUUGAGCGUGCCCCGUCCUCGGAGUCCAAUGUCAGCAAGUGCCUGGCCAACUUCUGGUUUGACCCGGCGUCCCCCCCAGACGACUGUGCCCUGGGCCAGACCUACACCAGCAGCCCUGGGUACCGGAAGGUGGUGUCCAAUGUCUGUGCGGGCGGUGUGGACCUGCAGCCAGCCACAGUGCCCCUUCAGUGCUCCCUGAGCCCGCCCCGAGGCCUGCGGGUCAGCAUCCAAGGCGAGGCGGUGGCCGUGCGGCCCGGCGAGGACGUCCUGUUUGUGGUGCGGCAGGAGCAGGGUGACGUCCUGACCACCAAGUACCAGGUGGACCUCGGGGAUGGUUUCAAAGCCAUGUAUGUGAACCUCACUCUGACUGGGGAGCCUGUCCGGCACCGCUACGAGAGCCCCGGCAUCUACCGUGUGUCUGUCCGGGCAGAGAACACAGCGGGGCGGGAUGAGGCAGUGCUGUUCGUCCAGGUUAACUCCCCUCUGCAGGCCCUGUACCUAGAAGUGGUUCCUGUCAUUGGCAUCGACCAGGAGGUGAACCUCACGGCUGUGCUGCUGCCCCUGAACCCCAACCUCACUGUCUUCUACUGGUGGAUUGGUCCCAGCCUGCAGCCACUGCUGUCCCUGGAGAACUCGGUAACAACACGGUUUGCAGCUGCUGGGGACGUGCGGGUGACGGUGCAGGCUGCCUGUGGAAACUCAGUGCUGCAGGACUCCAGGGUGAUCCGCGUGUUGGACCAGUUCCAGGUCGUGCCACUGCAGUUCUCCAAGGACCUGGACGCCCACAAUCCCAGCAUCCCCGAGUGGAGGGAGGACGUCGGCCUGGGGGUCACCCGGCUCCUCUCCAAGGAGACCAGCAUCCCCGAAGAGCUGCUGGUGACUGUGGUGAAGCCGGGGCUGCCCACCGUGGCCGACCUGUACGUGCUCCUGCCCCCACCCCGGCCCACCAGGAAGAGGAGCGUCACGGGCGACAAGAGAGUGCUGGCCAUCCGGCAGGUGCUCAGGUCCCAGCGGAUCAGCUUCUUCCUGCGCGGCGGGCUCCGUGUCCUGGUGGCCCUGCGGGACACGGACACAGGCUCCCAGCGGCUGGGCGGUGGCGGCGGCUACUGGGCGGUGGUGGUCCUCUUUGUCGUGGGGCUCUUCGCCGUGGGAGUGUUCAUCCUCUACAAGUUCAAAAGCAUCGACCAGUGUCUGACCCAGCAGCCAGGCACCACUGUAAGCCAGGUGGACGCGUGGAACCCACCACUGCAGUCACGGAGGGCCGUGGGCAAGGCUGGAAGUGAGCAGGGAAUGCAGGGAGGGACCAGGUCCCGGGCAGGUGAGGCGGGAGCUCCUGAGGGUGUGGGCAGGGCCCUGGCCUGGCUGACUCUAGAAGCUGCUGAGUGGGCUCGGAGACCGGCAGCGGGCUGCAGGACACAGACGGGAGCCAGGAAGGACACCCCAGGACACCGCUUCCGCAGCCCGGCCGUCAGAAGCCGAGAGCAGCGCGGACAGGCGCUCGGGGGCCUGCGGAGUUCUCUGUGCCUUGGCCCCUUCCGCCUCACCAGGCUUCCCUCCGCGCGGUGUCUGCUGAACUGCAGUUCGGCUGUGUCCAGUCGGCUGUGUCCUGUCUCCGAGUCCUUCACUCCUGUUACACUGCUCAUCUCUGCCUCAGAUCUGCGGGUAACUGCGAAGAAGCGAGUAUCCGCUCAGCUGAAGCCCUGGCAGCCGUGUUCGAACCCACGACCCAGGGCAGAAGCUGAGAGACCUCAUCCGGAGAGACAAGGCAGGAGCCGGCCACACACCUGCAUCCAGAGAGUGGUGCCAGACUGUCCCAGGGCCGCCGAAGGGAAGCCUGCCAAGGACACCAGCAACGUGGAGACAGCCCCUCACCACUCCUCUCAACGUGGCAUCAAGCAGGUGGUACAGGCACCCCCUCCCGCCAACAACGUGCUGAAGGGGCCCUGGUCUAGCGGGAUGGGCCCGAAGCCCCUACUCCCUGAUCUUCGGGACCUGCAGGCCGUGGCUGUCACUGACCUUGGAGGUCCGCAGCACCCCAGCCCGGCCACUACAGCCGUGAGGAGAAGGAGCAUGGGCGGAGUGCGGGUGGAGGAAGACAGAAAGGAAGGGGCGGGCAGCGGCCGGUGA